AUGAACCCGCCCAUUUUACCCUCCUCAUUUUCCGAUUUCUUCUCGCUGAAUCUCAGCCACACGCACACCGCCGUGAAACUGAGUACCAAACUAAUAAGUCCGCUCCCCAGCCCAAUCCCUACAAUCGCCAUGACCGAAAGCCCUCUAUUCUUCAUCGGCGGCAGCGGGUACCCGUACAGACCCUUAUUCCCUUCGAAUGAGCUCGCAUUGAACCGGGGCAGGUUUCCGGUCCGGUUCCCCAGCGAAGCCGGAAUCGCGCCGGAGAGCCUAUUUCCGGAAACGUCGAAGACGGAGAGCCUGACCAGAAGCCCGAGCUGCUGCGGGAUCGGGCCCGAUAGCCUGUUGUCGUGGAGAUCGAUGACAUUCAGCCAGCUGGUCGGGGAUCGGGCCGGAGAGGUCGUUGGCCGACAGAUUGAGGACGGCGAGGUUGACGAGGUACUGCAAAUCGGCCGGGAUGGGGCCGCUGAGCUGGUUGGAGGAGAGGUCGAGGGCUUGGAGGUUUGUACAAUUGGAGAUGAAGGGGGAGAUGGAGCCGCGGAGGGAGAGGCUGGAGAGGGAGAGCUUGUAGAUGCGGCCAUUGUUGCAGGUGGCGCCCUGGAGGAAGGAAGUGAAGCCCUGGCAGGGGUUGGAGAAGGUGGUCUUGGUCCAGUUGAGGAGGGGUCCUCCAGGGACUGGCUGAGCUGGGUGAGGCAGGCCUCGUCGUUAGGAUCCGCCUUGGCGGCGGCGGCGUAUAAGGCCAGGAGGACCGCGGCCAGGAGGGGGAAGCGGUGGCGACGACAGCCAUUGAUGCCCAUUUACUGGCACGGGGAUUUAGUGCACGCAAAGUGUUUGAUUAAUUUUCCGAGUGGUGGGAAGGCGACUCAGCGGCUGCCAGCACGGGUCCUCCGGUGGGCGACUCCGAAGAGCAAGCCUAUCGCCACCACAUCGAGAGCACUACCGGCGGAGACCAAGCUCUCUCAGAGCAGCAUCUCAUUAUCCCUCUCACCAUCAUUUAGUCCAAGUUUGAGCCCUGGCCACCAUCCAUAUUCAGCAAUCGAGUCCCAAAGUCGUGCUCACCCUAUAAACCGAGCCAUCUUUCCACUUGAUUUUAAGCCCGGAAAGAGGCCAAGAUUCUCCCAAGUUCAGCCCUUGUUCUCUCGUGUCCACUUCUCAGACACAGUCUUCCACCAACCGUGUGCAGCAGAUUCCAGACGAAAGCUAGCUAGAGAUAAACGUUGUGCCUCAGAGUAUUGCACUGUCGCAAAGAUACUUUCAAUUCGCUUGAGCCAGUAUUUGACCUUGGCAUCAUCAAGUUCACGGAGAAAAGUCGGUGUGUUGAAACGCAAGAACCGCUCUAAUGCCCUAUCGUGGGUGGUGGAGGCCGCAAUUUCGGGUUUGCAUUCCCAUGCUAUUGGGCUAUGUAUCAUCGCCUGA